AUGACGAAUUCUACUCAGGGUUCAUAUUUCAUACUUGGUGCCUACUUUGACAGCGGUCCUUUAAAAUAUUUGUUUUUCAUGAUUCUUACAUCAUUAUAUACUUUUAUUCUCAGUUUAAAUCUUCUGCUCAUUGUGGUUAUCUGUAUGAACAGAAGCUUACAUGAACCUAUGUACCUUUUUCUGUGCAGCCUGUUUGUAAAUGAGCUGUAUGGUAGUACAGGGUUGUUUCCAUUCCUUCUGCUUCAGAUUCUCUCUGACAUUCACACUGUUUCUGCUCCCUUUUGUUUCCUGCAGAUUUUCUGUUUGUAUUCGUAUGUAGCUGUGGAAUUUGCCAAUUUAGCCAUCAUGUCUUAUGACAGAUACCUUGCAAUCUGUUAUCCUCUACACUAUAACACACGCAUGACAUUCAAGAAAGUCGUUAUGCUUAUUGGUGUAUCAUGGUUAUACCCUUUUGUUGUAGUUGCUGGUACGACAUCCUUAAGUUCCUCUUUACAGCUGUGUGGGAACAUCAUUAACAAAGUGUUCUGUGACAACUACUCUGUUGUCAAACUGGCCUGCUCUGACACCACAGUCAAUAACAUUUAUGGACUUAUUGCCACUUACUUUGUUGUCUUUGGUCCUUUAAUUUUAAUCUUUUGCACGUACAUGAGGAUUCUUAAAGUGUGUUUUUCUGGUUCUAAACAGACCAGACAAAAAGCUGUCAGUACCUGCACUCCUCACCUUGCUUCUCUGCUCAACUUUUGUUUUGGGGCAUCCUUUGAAGUAUUACAGAGCAGGUUUAACAUGAACAGUGUACCUCACAUGAUGCGAAUACUUUUAUCAUUGUACUGGAUAACAUGCCAACCGCUCUUUAACCCUUUGUUAUAUGGACUGAAACUAUCCAAAAUCUACAUCAACUGUAAACGUUUAUUUUCAUGGAAAGUUUAG